AUGGAUUUGCAAUACGAUAGAUUAUAUCGAUCAUGGCCUUUUUUUACGACAAGACUUGUGACAGACAAGAUCACAAUCCCAUUAGCUGAAUCUGCAAUAGGUCAUUUAGUUGCUUUGGAGGUAGGCACAUUUUUCUUUGAGAUUACAAUAAGAUAUUUUGCUUAUUGUCCUUACAAUAACAGGAACGGGUUGGGAAAAUUUCGGAGGAUUACAAAUAUCGAAAACAUCCAAACGGCAAAUCUACAAGUACCUUUUAUGCGUAAGCUUCCAAGUGAAGAAAUUGAUUCAUUAGGAUUUGGAAUUCGGAAGAGUAAUCGUGCGCACAAUGCACGCUCUUGGCAACUGAUCAGAACCACAACCCUUGAAAGAGCUUAUGGAAUAACCACAACUCUCAAAAGAGCUUAUGAGAUAACCGCAGUUCUUCAGAUCACUCGGUUAUUAUACUAUCUUCUGUGUGAGAAUCUAAUGAAGAAUAACCGCAGUGCCAGACCACAUCUUGCAGGACACGAUCUGUUUAAGGAAGAGAAAAUGGUUAUUAAUGAAGAGGAAAGACUCACACCAAUGGCAAAUUUUAAAAUGUUUGACUGUACUUCGAAGUCGACAGGCUUCUCAAAAUGGGGCUCUGCUCUUAGCAAGCUCUUAAUUAUUCAUAAAGAUGAACCUAAAUUUACUGAAAUAAAACAAAAUUACGAAAAGGGCUAUUAUAAUUCAGCCAUUGAUGAUUAUUUUCGACCAUCACGGUCCGUUCUUAAGGAGGAACAGCAGGUGUUUAUGAAUGGAGAAAUGGCGGCUAUCGAUAAUCGUCGUAUAAAUGAAAAACAUCAUCAAGAUUUCGAAGAGGAAACAGAUGAAAAAGAUGCAACCCUUGCUUAG